AUGGAUUGGAUCACCUGGGGAUUUUCAUCUCUCCGCCUCCUCCUCCGCCUCCUCCUCCUCCGGCCGGCAACUUGCCCCCACUUGCCCAGGAGGACCCGGCUUCUGAUUGGGCGGCGGGCCACCCGAGGGGGCGGGGAUUCCUCCUUGACGUCACUGGGAAACCCCCGGCACUUGCUUUGCCUUGGCGCGCCCGGCGAGAAGCGGGCACUUGCGCGGCGGGAAGGCGAGAAGGAAGGAAGGGAGCUGGGCCAAAGUAGCCGAAGAAGCCUACGAUUUUUUCCUCCUCCUUCUCGAACCCACAGGCGGGACCAAAGCGAAAUGAUGCCGGGGAAAAACUCGCGCAAAGGCGCGGUCCCUGCUUCGGCCUCCUCCUCCUCGCGGACAGAAUCUGAGGUGGCGGCAGAAUGCGCAUUGCAACUGAGAGUGAUUGGAGACAAGUGGAACCUCCGACAGAGGAUCCUAAACAUGAUUUCCAAGAUCUUCUGCCCAGGAAGAGGAGAGUGAACGAAAGUAAAGGAAAAUGAGGAAGAAGGAGAGAGAGAAAUGAAUCUUUAUGAAGAUCUGAUUUUUACAUAUUCUGCGAGAUGUUAGAAGUGGAAUGCUUCCUGAGCAUUUCUGCCGCCUGUUUCCUGUUGCCAAGGAAGGCUCCUGAAAUAUCAUUCUUCAGAUAAUCCUUCAGAAAGUUUGCUAAUGAAUGGAGAUAACUGGAAUUUACUAUUUACCAGCGGUGGUGAACUGUGAAGAGCAAUAGAAAACGAAGGAAUCUGGGAGUGGUGAUCAUAUUUGGUUCGGCAUUCUCAUUGCUGGCGUUCUGGAAUCCACACACUCAGCUGCUGUGCCACUUGGAAGCUCUAUGGAAUUUCAUGCAUAGCAAACAUUAAAAAAAAUGUUUACUGUGGCCUACUGCAAAUCAGUUCUUCCACUUUUCCUAAUACUUAACAUUUGGAACAAGGAAUGGUUUGGUCGUUUCAUUGUUUUAUUGAAUGACUGGGUGUUGCUACAAGUAAGAAGGUUAUUUUCCAAUGCAUUAAUCUGCAAUGCUAUUGAAUGUCAGGGCUGAAGCUACAUCUAUAGUACCAACAUAUAUGCCCUAUGGGUAGGAACUUACAUAGAUUUCUAUUGGCACUGUAAUGGUUUAUUCUCAGAUGAUAAACCACCACUAAAAUAUUCCAGGUGAAUGUUCAAAGUAUUCAGGAAAGUCUGCAUCAGAUCAGUCUACAAAGUGAUGUCAAAGGAUGCUCUCUUGCUAAAAGCAUUCUGAGCAUUACAACAUGAAUUGUUCAGUAUUGGUAUCAGAUAUCAGAAAAUGAUUCAUAUACAUAUAUAACAGACAACAGUGUUACAAGUAGCUGAAUGGGGGUAGGUUUUAGAGGGAAGAGAACAAGUAAAAAGUUACAGGAAGGGAAAAAAAUCAUUUUUUUACACUAGAAGAACAGCUGUUGUUCAAAAUAUUUCAGCAGGUUGGAAUGUUACUUUCCCUUUGCAAAGGAGAGAGAUUUAAAACAGAGAACUUAGUCCCAGUUUAGAAAACAGUUUGUGAUCAGAAGCACAGACAAGGGAUGGCUGGUGUCUUCUAUGUCAUUUGGGCAGUGACUCUGCUCUGGGUUUCAGUCUGAACUUUAAAGAGCUAUCCAAGUUGGUGAAACCUGGAGUGGAUUUACCAUUGGCAUGUAAGCCACUAGUCAGCAUUAGGUUCUCUUUUGCACAUGGGUUUUCCGUUCAUUGUUCUGGUUGCGAAAGACAUACCAGCAGACUGUAUUCAAUGUAACCGGAUGCUCUUAUGUUUCAAAUGCCACAGAGUUUUAUUAUUCAAAACAAAGUGUCCAAUAGAGGUUUUCAAGUUAAAUAAAUGUCAAUAUUUAUUCUAUGGAAGUCUUAAAUGUAUUUUCUGUCUGACAGAAGGUACAUUAAUCUUAAUUGAUUGCCUAAGGCACAAAAUUUUCCUGUCAACUGAAAUGCAAAAGUUAAUGCAACUAUAUUUUAAAAUCAGCCAAAUUGCAUUCAUGAGGCUGAACCAAGCGUGUUGAGGUCACCAAGAAGUGAGCCCUUGUGUUCCUGCAUCAUUUUUGGUUACCUGAACCAUCAUUACAAAGUAUUUUGAAAUGCUGGUAUUGUUUUUCUUUAACUGCACAUUGCCAAAUUCUGGUCAACAUGUUUAGACAAACCAAUACAUGUGGAAUUAGAAAGUGUCAUUUGAAGCAAAUACUGUCAUGUUUAUUUAUAUUUCCAUUUGUUAAUGGGUUUUUUCCCACUGUAUAAUGCUUGGAUGCUGGGGUAGUAUGUUGUUUUGCCAGGCGUAUAUGUUUGUGUCAGGAAGAUUGUUUACAGCAGAAACUUGUUCAAAGUGUUUAAGGGCCAUUGCCAUAAAAGUUCCAGUUUGUGUGCAUGAUAUUCAGAAACAGAUUUCAUAUGUUGCUUUUUACAAGGAUUGCCAUCCAUGUUUUUGUCUUACAUGCAUUGUGUGUCGUUUUGCUUUUUUGUAGUGCCACCUCACUAAGUUAAUAAAGUUGUUGUGUUCACAAAAAGAAAGAUAAAA